UUUUUUUAAGGAAAAACAAAUUUGUUGAGUAAAAUCUCUUUGUUGUAGUUCGGUUCGAGAAAAUAGAGACAAGAAAGAGAGAAUGAGGAAUCAAAAAAACGGAAUUUUGAAUUUUACAACUUGAGGAAUAACAAUCUCGUUUCGAUCUCUUCCCUCAAGCUCAAGCUCUUAGCUCUGCUCCAAAUUUCUUUACGUGAGCUCCAAAUCGGAAACCUCUCUUGCGUAAGCUAAUUGGUAUCUGAAUCCGUUCUGAGCAUUUCCAACGAAUUGAGCUGAUUUAUCGGCUGCUUUUGUUGUUCAAGUCUCUGUUUGUGAAUGGGUAUUUAAGAGUUUUCUUACCUCGAUCUGGGUUUUGUCUGAGAAAUCAAAAGAGAUUUUUAGCUUCUUCGAUUGGUAUGAUAUAGGUGGGUGUGGGGGGGGAGGGUUUUAGAUGAUUUCGGUGAGCAGCAGCGAUGCUAGAAGCGAAUUAGGGUUAGGGUUUGCUGGUUUAGGUGAAGAGAUAAUGGAAGAUAGCGACUUUGAGGAAGAAAGCACACAUUCUUAUGUUUCUUGCGUUGACCCAGAUGUUGCUCUCUCUUAUAUUGAUGAGAAACUCGAAAACGUCUUGGGACAUUUUCAGAAAGAUUUUGAAGGUGGAGUUUCAGCUGAAAAUUUGGGUGCAAAGUUUGGUGGCUAUGGUUCGUUUUUGUCUAUGUAUCAGAGAUCUCCUCUUUGUUCACGUCCUAAGACUCCACCAGAAGUGAUUCAACAUAACCAAGUGGGGGCUCGAUCUAAUUGCUCAGCUUCAUCUGAUGUACCUCAAGUAUCAAUCUCUGGAUCCUCUUCAAAGGCUCCUGCUUCCGAUGUUUUGGUCAAAUUAAAAAAGUUUGUCAAAUCAAGUAAUAUAGGGACACCUGAUAGCAACCAAAAAUCUGACACAAAAACGUCUUGUUCUGCUUCAUCAAAUCAUAAGACUCUCAGACUUCGUAUAAAAGUUGGUUCAAGUGACCUCUCAUCACUGAAGAACGUUUCAACCUAUAGUAAACUAGGCCUCAAUAUGCCACCAUCAGCAUCGCGGGUUAAUUGCCUCUCAGAUGUUGAAGAAGACUUACUGAACGGGAUUUGCGAUUCGCCGACUAAAAUUCUUAUGGCUAUGGUGUCUUUCCCUUUGCAUAAAGAUCAGUUGUUGUCACCUCUCUCUGAUGAUCUUAUUCAGUUGGGAAAGAAAAAUAAGAUUAAGAAAGAUGCUGGAUAUGGUUCUGUCAACACGUCAGACUCAAAAAGUACACAGGACGUUAAGGGGGUUUCUAAUUCACAAAAGUGUGCUGGUAAGUUUUCUAUUGGGAAGAAGGAAAAGUUAAAGGAGAGGGUAAAGGAUAUACCACCGUCAAACAAGCUUGACAGAAACCAUAUUGUAUCCAAUACUGAAAAAGAGGCUGACAAAGAUUCCUGUGAGGAGCUUGUUUCCAAGACUAUGAAGCUUCCACUUUUGUCCUGUCUCUCACCGUCAUAUAUCCACCCGGCAAAAGAGAUUGAUAAAGUAUCAGAUUCUAAUGUGGAGGGUACAUCAAGAGGAAUGAACAACACAGAAGCGUCGAUGGGUUCAAAGCCUGAUCUAGAAGAUAAUGUAGUGGCAUUUUCAGAUCGAAGUGGUAAGGAAACUAAAAGUAUUCACACAAGAAAAGACGUGUCACUGAAAAAAGGUGAACCUCUAAACUCAUUGGAAAGUAAAUCCAAGCGGGAGAAAGCUCCAAGUAUUGGACAUGUAGAUUAUCCUUCUGCGGUUAAGGGUAGUCAGAGCGAGAUAAGGAAUGAAGAACAAAUUUUAAAGUCAAAACUACCUAAAGCACAGAAGUCACAAAUAGGUUCAAGCUCCAUCGUUGCCAUGAAUAGUGUGACUGGCAAGGAUGCUGCUAUUAAUAUAAUUAAGAAGAAUGUAGCAGAUAAAUUGCAGGAAGAUAUUGGAGGAUGUGAACACGUGUAUAAGGGACUCUUUGGCUAUUCGAAAGAAUUAAAAGAAGAAAGACAAAGUAGUCCAGUACUUAAAGCUGGGAAAGAAAAGAUUUCUGCAGAAAAGGCAUUGGAAGAGAAUUUCAACAGUGUUAAAAAUGAUGAAGAGGCAUGUGACAAUCUAAAUUUCGUAUAUGAACCAGAUUUGAAACACCUUAUUAAGUUGGGUGACUUGAAUGAAGACAGGCACAACACUAAGCAUAGUGUUAGACAAGAAGUGAAAAAUAAGCAUUCUGUUGAAGGAGGAAUGGAGAAUUUGGAAAUGAAAUCCGAAAAGGAACUUUCUGUGACUUCCAAGAAACCAAAAACUGGAAAAUCACGAUUUUCAGCUAUUGAUCAACCUGGAUCAAAGAAUUCCAACAAAAUUCUGGACGUUUUAGCUGAUAACAAAAUUAUGAUUGCUCAAGCCUCAGCCGAAAAUAUAAAGGAUAUUGCUAAGGCUUCUUCUCAUGGCGAACGUGAUGACAGAAAGAGGAAACUGAAGGAAAGUAAAGAAAGUGAAGAUUGUAUGAGAAUUAGAGAAGCUACAGUAAUGGCGUCAAGUGGUGAGAACGUUAGAAAGAAAAAGAGGCUUAAGGCCUCAAGAUAUGAUGAAAAGGAGUUGCCUUUUAGUAGUGAAAGUUGUGAUAAGGACAGAAGAGUUAGUCAGGAAAAUGGUAGAGAUAGUGCUUCCCAUCUACCUUUUACAACGUCCUCCUCGAGUCUAUGUAAGGAAUUGGGCUCUGACAUUGUCAAAAAUAAUGUCAACGAAGACAAAAGUUCACUGGUUGAAUCAGUUGCCCCAUCAGCCUUGAGGGUGUUAGACUCGCGUGAGCUUAAAUCAGUAAGGAUUUCAGAGAGUGAUGAAUGCCAUGGUGCUGACUCUAAUGCUGGUGAUACAUUAAAAAGAUGCCGAGAUGGUGAAGCUUAUAGCACUAUCGAUAAACCAGGGACAACAAAGAAGGCUGCAGAAAAUGUCAAGGAUAGAGAGAGAGCAUAUGGUGGGAAUUGUUCUAUUGAAAACUUUCAACCAAAGAAUUCUGGGAGAAUAUCUGGUGAAAAUUGCAUAGAGGGUGACUCUCAAAAAAAGAGUAGGGAAGAGGGGUCAUCUACACCUUUGAAAGAUAAUAACUGGGGUACGGUGAAUGAACAAGAUCUUGGCACUGCUGUUAACAUAAAAACAAAAGAAAGCAGGAGCAAGAAAAGACAUGCUAAAAAGGUAUCUAUGGAAAGUAACAAAGAAGACUCAAGGGAAUAUCAAGAUCCUAAUACUAAGCAAGAUAGAAGUGGUAGUCGUUUUUCUUCUCCACGGAAACCUGAUACAGCAAGAACUUCUCAUGGAAAAAGCAACCACUUGGAAGUGACCACCGAGAAAUUUGAGAAUAGAUCCGCUUCACCAGCUGGCACAGACCAAGUUGUAGUCUUGGGUCACGGCAGUGAGAUAUCAAAUACAAAGAAACAGAUACUGCGAAAUGAUAAUCACAGUGUGAAUUCACGAAACCAAAAGCAAAAUGGAAGUAGGCAUAAGGAUCAUGUUGGCUUAAGCCCUUUAAAAAAGGAAUCCACGAGUCAGGCUGUGUCCAACCCAAUCAAAGAGGCUACAGACUUAAAACACAAGGCUGAUCGUCUUAAGAAUGCUGGGUCCAAUCACGAGAGCACAAGUUGUUACUUUGAGGCAGCGCUUAAGUUUCUUCAUGGUGCCUCCCUUUUGGAGUCAUCGGGCACAGCCAGAUCGAGGGAUAUUUAUGACAGCACAGCAAAAUUUUGCGCGUUCUGUGCUCAUGAAUACGAGAAAAAUAAAGAUAUGGGGGCUGCUGCUCUGGCUUAUAAAUGUAUGGAAGUAGCUUAUCUAAGGAUAACUUAUACUUCUCAUGGUAACAUAGGCAGAUGCAGAUAUGAGUUGCAAGCAGCGUUGCAAGUGAUUCCUUCAGGCGAGUCUCCUUCCUUUGCUUCUGAUGGUGAGAAUUCAAACCACAUAUUGGCAGCGGAAAAGGUUGCUUUGUCAAACACUGUGAGAUCAUCCCCUAGCGUAAUUGGAAAUCAUGUUAUCUCUUCCGGAAACAAUUCCUCUGUUUCACAGCUUUUGGCAUUUUCGCAAAAAGUAAGCUCUGCUAUGGAUGCCUCAAGAAAAGCUCAGAUGGCAUUUGCAGCUGCAAAAGAGGGGAAAUCCAGAUACAGUAGGGAUGGUAUAGCAUCCAUCAAAAGGGCUCUUGACUUCAAUUUUCAUGACAUGGAGGAACUGUUGCAUGUGGUGAGGUUGGCAAUGGAAUCCAUAAAACGGUGAUUGUGAUACUCCCACAUGCGCCAUUCUCAGGGAGAAGCGGCCUUGGAAGAUUAAAGACAGAGACCUUUAUAUGAACAAACUCUUCACUGCUCAAGUGUAUAGUGGUUAGGAGCUUGAUUUGUGAGAUUUUCCCAAGUUUAAAAGAUUAAAGUUACCAUCUCGUGUUUCUUGUGUGUAUAAUUUUUAAGUGUACAUAUAUAUAAAGAGUGCUUUAGAAAGAGAGGCUCCAAGGAGACUCGACCAAGCAUUGUAGCAAUUGUUUUCUGAAAAGAGGGAAUUUUUUCAUCAUCA